GGCUUUGACGACCUGGCUACGAUGCAGCCGCAGCAGCAGCCGGGGGCGGCAGCAGCCGGGGCGGCGGGACAUGUGGCCGCCUGCGAGGACGAGUCCGCGGCCGACUCCAUGACCCCCUCGGGAGGUAGUGCUGCGGCUGCUGCGGCUGCUGCUGCUGCAACAUGCGCCCCACGACAGCAGACCCAGCCCCAGCAACCCCAGCAGCCGCGGUUGUCGGUGUUGGACCGGCCCAUAAUGUACGGCACGGAUCGCAGCCAGUUCUCCCCCGCGCAGCUCAGCCUGCUGGACUCCAUCCUGGCGGACCAGUACCGCCCUGCGGUGGGGGCCGGCAGCGGCGGGGGGCGCGCGUGAGCCGCUGGGCUUUUGGAACGGCAGGAAGCAGCCGGCUGAAGGGGCUGGGCUAGGCUGGCUAACCGGUUGAUGGGCUGCAGGGCUAUUGUACUUGGUGAAGUGGGGCGGUCUGCCGAGUAAGUUGGGCGGUGGUAAUAAGGUGGAGUUAAGCAUUGAGCUGGAAUGGAGAAGAAAGAAUGGAAAGCGCGGCUGCAUGAUGGCUCAUUAAAGAGACGGACUCAUGGUCAAAAGCACGGGUGGUAGGACAUAUGUGGUUCUGUGGUUUCCAAGAAGGGUCACGCAGUCAUGGCUGUGUGACGGAUGACAUUAAAAAUCGAACUCGUGCGUUUUAAGGGGCACGCGAGGCCGCUGGCUUAUGGUCGUUGUUGUUGUUGUGGUGGUGGUGGUGGUGCGGCCCCUGUCUUACACCUGUAUCUUUACUUAGUAGUAUGUUGUCACUGCGGGGGGCACACGUUGCUUGGUUGGGGCCUGGCGGGGUCCUUUCCGUGCAGGAGGUGGUGUUGUCGCUGCUGCUGCCGCUGCUGCUGCUGCUGCAGUUAGCACAACGCCAUAUACAUAAGAAAAUGCUCAAGUAAGGUGCUUUCUAAUAUCCGUGCAAAGGAGGCUCUACGGGCACACUACGAUGCAUUGCGCUCAAAGAUAGGGGCACCACAAUAAAUACAGCGCUAUAGAACCGUCGGCCGGACGGUUUCUGUGCGGCGUGUUACAAUGCAUUAGCGUCUUCUCAUUCUCAUUCGGGCUCGGUCACAGCAGUGGCUGUUGGGUUGCUGUCGUAUUGAGGGCCGGUAGGGUAUGCACCUGAAGGUAGCGAGCAGGCGGCAGGUGGGGAAGGGGUACGAGGCGCAAGCUGCCCCGCGCGGCACCGGGAAGCUUAGGAGCUGUGCUGCGGUGCGGUGCGGUGCGGUGUGUGUGUGUGUGUAUGGGUUGUCUUCUCAUGCCGCUUCUGCUGUGGGAUCUGGGGUGGCCUGAUGUGAACUACCGCGGGCACGUAAUACUGGUACACUUGUAUCCGCGCUAGUACAUGGACUGUGCUGGCACACUGGGGUUGCAGGAGGGGAAUUCAGUGGUGGGGCAGGGAGCGGGAGCUUGCGCAUCGGCUGUAGUAGGGUUGAGGUGUUUCGUGCGUGGGGUUGUGCGAUGUGAUGUGUGUUGCAUGUCAGUUGACUUGGACGUUGAGCACGGUAGGAGAGGGCGAGAGACCAUGUGUGUGUGUGUAAGAAAAGCGUUAUGCUGUGAGGGUCGAGGGUUAACACUUCCCACACACGCGAUGACCGCAAGUUUUGACUAGGGCUUUGUCGGGUCGUCGCAGCUGUCAUUUGCCUCUCGUCGGGUACUUCCGGGCAUCGGCCCCCGAGUGGCGAUGUUGUUUCGUAAGAACGAGUUCCGUGCUACCCUGUGCUCGUCUUUCCGUACUUGUUUGCCGCAUCAUCAUGAGAAGAAGAGUGACAAUUACGUAGGAAGCCGUGUGGCUAGGCGGGCGGAAAUACUAGGGGGCGUUUGGCCGCCCCCGCCUAAGGCCUAAGGCCGGGGCACCGCCUUAUAGUGGCAUAAUAAGGCACGUCGUGCAGUUAUCCGGAUUUCGACUGCUCAGUUCGGGAAUACUGUACCUGCAAACACCGGUUCCCCACGCAAUGCCAAAGCUCCUGGGGGAUGCUGGGAAUGCGCGCAUGUGCAUGCAUGUUGCUUGUUGCUGCCGUACGGUGCGCCGUACCAGCAUGCCGCGGGCGCAAGAGCGUCUUGGGGGGCCGCCGCGUCCGUCCAACAUACGGGAGGAGUGCAGUUGUGUUGGUUGGUUGUGCUGCGUUGCGCUUGCUGGUUUGUCAGCAGGUAGCGCCCCGAGGCAAAGCCGGGCAUUCGCUGGUAGGCACCGUGAUGCCCGUGCUGCUGUUUGGCAGGCUGCUUACAGCCUAGGCUGGCACAUGGAUGGGUUGUAGGGAUCUCCAAGAGACGGUGCGGGGGAUUUGGUGGAAUUGUUUGGGUGCGUGCCGGGAGGCUGCAACAAUGGGGUUCCAUAUAUGUGAACGAAUGUGGGCUAAUUUCUGUGCAAGACACGCGGCGGGACGCAUCUGUUGCCAGAAGGCGCAUUUGUGGUCUGUCGGCCAGCACAAACUCUCGGGCUUUUGCGGGAUUCAAGCGCAUCCGGGAUUCACAAGCUUGCGGCGUAACGCAUGCGCGUAUCUGUGUGCUUGCAAAGAUGGCUGCCUUGCUACCGUUUAUAAACUCGUUGUUGUGUCGUUGCUGCCACCAAACUGCUUUCAGCUGUGUGCUGUGUCUACCGCUGCGAAGUGCGAGAGCAAGCUUCUGCGUCCCUUCCAGCAACUAUGUGUGAAUGUCUCCAGUGUUGGAGUUUCUUUUGGAAAAGUUGGCUGCUGGUGUGCUGGAUGGCGGUGUUGGCGGCUUUCUCCCUUCCCGCCAAGUGUUAAGAGUUAAUCGCAGCAAGGUUAGCUAAUACUCGUGUCGCAGCCGGCAAGGCAGCCGGCCGCUCCGUUUAAGAGCCCCUCAUCCCCCAAGUGUACGUCUCGGCUUGUCAGCUUCUCUUCUUAACAGCGGUGCGAACUGCCCGCGCUUGAUCCUGCCUUGUUUAGCAGUCUCAUCGGUCCGCCGUCGUUAGGCAGCCAUGAAGAAGUGAAGGAGAUUAGGUUGAUGAAAACCCUUGUUGGUUUCUGCCCGUAGGCUGCACCCAUCUUGAUAUGCCUUGUUAGUUGUGAAACUUGUUGGAUAUCGAUGUUCGGUUCGCCAAGUAAGGGUGCUUUGUCAGGGACAAGGUCUGGUUCAAACCCAGGGGCGGCGUUAGGCUUGUCCGCCCCCUAUCGGGCGCCGUCCACCCCUGUUGGUUGUACGGCGGGGGAGUCUGUAUCUGUCUGUGCACGUGCAUGCUUAAACAGAGAGUUGUGCCCUACGGGCCAGUAGUGGCGCGGGGCACCGCUUUGCCUCGCCUGCUAGACCUGGUUAUGGUUGAACGUCGUGUGUUGGGCAACCCGAGUCGUGGUUGGUUCGUGCAUGCCCACCCACCCGUUGCUGUCUGGAUUCGAGGGCGGCUCUUUCCACAUCAUCCAUGCUUAUACGGCUUAAGAGCUUAACUCUUGUCAUGUCUUUUCGGUUUCAGUUAGGAACCAUCGUUGGUGAUGGUAGCAUGUCGCACAUUCCACGUCACGUCUGUGUUUGGCGGAGGGCUAUGUUAGGUCUGCAUGCUAGCUGUCUUGGAGGAAAGGGCGGUCCGGGGCGCACACGCACUCAGCGGAUCUACACGACACCGGCUCACUCUGCUCUGUUGCUCUAGAUAGUCAAGCUGCGGGAAUGGAGCUGGGAACGUGAGUGUUUGUGCUUUUCCGUGCUGCACGCGGGUACUGGUAUGGAUGUUUGUUGGGUUUUCGGACGAGUAAAGGCAUUAAGUAAGCUGUGAAAGAAGCGUUUUGCUGUUGACCAUGAUCUGUGUGCAUCUCUCUUUCGGGAUUCAUCCGGCAACCUUCUUCGUUGCCGUAGCGUUGCCGUACAAAGGCUAGGCCGUACAAAGCUCCGGCCUCACUGACGCAAGACUGCGAGACAUCGGCUGCACGAUGGGGGCCCAGGAUGGCUUAGGAGCUAUCUGCCGGUAGCUAGUCCGUAUAAGUUGUGUGCCUGUUCAUAUUCAUCCCUCAAGUAAUUGUAACACAU